UGGGCGAUUUCCAAAUUGCAACCUGCUUAUGUGAUGUGAUAAAAUGUCGGGAAUAUCCAGAAAAUUUAUGUGGCAUUCUGGGCCUAAUCUGCAACGAACAAAAAGUGUCUGGCCACGUUGGGCUAUAGCCCAGUUGUCAGUUGAGCAAUAAUUCUCCAACCUACAAGAUCCAGACACUGUAUAAAAAAAAAGAUCCAGAGUUUCAGACACACCCACGAACUAUCCAAACCGGCAACCCGCCGCCGCCGCCGCCGCCGAUGUCUCCGUCGUCCUCCUCCGACGAGACCGCGGUCUCCUACGUCUCGUCCGAGGACGACGAGAUCAGCCUCCCGUCGUCGCCUUCCCCGUCUCCCGAACCUUACGCGUCCUCCUCCGACGGCGCGGCCUCCCCGCCAGCUGCCAAGAAGCCGCGAGGGCCCCGGAACACCACCGGGGUGCUGCCGCGAAGCUGGCCGACGGCCGACGAGGUGGUCCUCCUGGAGGCCGUCGUCGCGCACCGGGAGCGGCACGGCCGGCUCCCCUCCCGCGACGACCUCGCCGCCGCCCUCGCCGGCCGCGUCCGGUUCAGCGGCGAGCAGGCCGCCGAGCGCGUGUCCGCCCUGCGCGAGCGCUACUACGGCUCCGUGACGCGGCUCUCCCGCGGCACCGUCCCCGUCACGGACGACGACAUGAGGGUCUACCGGCUCUCCAAGCGCCUCUGGGAGGGCACUCUGGCGGAGAGGGCGACGCGCCGGGAGCAGCGCGCGGCCGGCAAGGCCGCCGCGCGCCACCACGAGCGGAGGGGCUUCGCGGAGCUCGAGGCGCUCUACCCCUGCCUCGCCGCGGAGGUGGAGGCGAUCGCGUCGCGGCGGCCGUGCGGGGCGCUCAAGACGGCGUUCGGGAUGAUCGGCGACGAGAGGGCGGCGGCGCUGGAGGCCAGGGUUAGGAGGCAGCGGCUCGCGGAGGUGAAGGCUAGGAUGAAGCGGGACGAGCUGAGGGACCAGGUCGCCAGGACGCUGCUGGAGUUCAUCGAAUGAUCUGAUUCCUUCCAGCAAAAAAUUGAAUGAAACAAAUGAAGAAUAUUCGUUGCUGGUAGCACAUUAUACUGUCAUGAACACUUGAACUGGAGUAAAAAUAUUCGUUGCUGGUAGCAGCACAUUA